UUAUAUCUGAUAAUGAUCAAUGUUUUCGCAAAAAGAACGCACAAGAAGCUCAAAAGCUUCAAAAAAAUUUUAAGGAUAUUACAAGGAAUACUCCUUGUAAUGUUGGUGACCAAGCUUGUAUAGGAAAAGAUUUUGCUCAAUGUGCCCAAAAAGAUAAAUGGUCAAUUAUACCGUGUGGUAAUAAUUUAGUGUGUGUUGUGCUUCCUCUCGUACAAAAAAGAGAUACAAUAGAUGAUCAAAAUUCAAGAAUUCAGGAUUCUCUUAAGGCAGCAGAAGGUUGUUAA